AUGGCCGAGAAAUCUACCAGUAAACCAAUUGCUGUCCUCGUUACCAGAGAGGCGUUCACCUUUCGAUCGAUCGAGGAAGCCAGUGACCAGCUCCAGAAAAUCCCCGACAUUAGCAGCAAUCUGAAAUCUCAAGUUGAUGCCACGGAAUGGAGCAACGAUGAAUGGACGGCCCUCAGAGACGGAUGCCGCCAACAUGCCGUGCUGGAGAUUUUCCUGCUGGAAGUGGGUACAGCUCUGGACCAACAGACCAGCAAAGAUGAAGUCGUAGCGGCUCUGUUAUCCAAACAGAUUGAAAUUGUCAAAGACUUGGCCGACGAGUUCCGAAUGAAAAUUCUCUCUGGGUUUAGCUGCCUCGUCGAGUUGGCCACUGAUGCGCCAAAGGGAAGGGAUGCUUUGAUCGAAACGGUGACCAUUGGCGAAUCCUUGGCAGCUCAAGUUGGUCUGCCAGAGGCUGAAGCUGACCCAUUCGGCCAUAUCAGGGCAGAUGCACUGGACACACUUGCGCGAGUCAUAGCAGAAAGGAUUUCGGAAAAGUUUCGAAAUGCCACAGAAUCGGUGGCACUGCUCGGCGACAAUGAGUUUAGUUCCGUCAUGGAUGCCGUCCUGCAGACUGCAAAUGAGGUACUUUCUGAAAUCAAAAUCAUGGCGAAGGAUGUGGUGGCUGGAAUGCCUUCUGAGUGGGAGUUUGGACCCGUAUUGAUAUGUCUCGUGGCUGAGGAAUGUUCGACGGGGAUGUUGCAGCAAAUAACGUCUGAACAUACGUAUGUUGAGUUGUCAGAGGCACAUCUGUUGGGCCUCGUUGCGUGGGUUGAAAAGUGGAAGCUGACUGUCCAAGAGAUUUUCCCAGAACUGUCAUCCCUGGUCGGCAGCAAAAGGGCAAAUUUUGACAAUCGACCAAUGCUUCGAUCAAGCGACGGAAAGCUUGAUAUAGGCAUGGCAAAGGAGGCUCUCAAAUAUGCCAAUAACCUGUUGUGGGACGUUCAUAACAUGGCGCUCACCGAGUUUGUGUUCAGAACCAAAGAGGAAAUCGCGGAACUGCUCGAUAGGUGUUACAGGGCUGAACAUCAAAAGUUGGAACCAUCCGAUGGACUUCUCACAUCAUCAUUGGAUAUGGACAUCUAUGGAUUCAUUGGUGUCCCCGUGAAGAAAAUCCAGGAGGCUUUGCCCCCAAAAACAAAUGCGAUCCCUCAAUGCUUGGGUGUCAUCCUCAAAUGCCUCUUCGACGCACAAAAGACCCACUUGAAUAUGAUCUUGACUGACUUUGAAAGUUGCUGUGCGAGAGUCAACGAUUUCAGUCAGAUGAAUAGGAAAUGUGAAACUCUCGUUAACGAGAUCCGGGGUCUCGUGGCUCCCGAGUCUUUGGAAGCUCUUAAGAAGCAAGAAGAAUGUGUACGGGAACGUUACACCGCAGAUGCCGUUUAUGCUGCGCAGAAAACCAGCUACUUCAUCUUCAACGACAUCUAUGAAUGCGGCGAUAUCACGGGUAGCCUGUUCAACGAAGUUUGGCUACAAGAUACAGGAAAUGGCAUUGCAGAACAAAUUGUGAUUACGAUGAACGACUACUAUGGUGACUUGAAGGGCUAUCUUGACGACAAAAUGGUCAUCAGGGCCCUUGAAGCACUGAUCAAAAAAUGCUAUGUAUACUACGUGGAGCAGUUGUUAGCCCGGUCGUCUGUGCACAAAAGUACCAACGAAUCUUUCUUUGCAGACAACAAAAAAGCUCUGAAUCGAUUGAAGGAUGACAUUGGCGUCAUCAAGGAGUUCUUUGAAGAGAUUGCAAGUGAAAAGGAAGAGCCAGAGCUGAAAGCAGUGAUCGCUUUAGAGUUUAAAGUGUUGGAAACAAUUCACGAGGUCAUGAGCAUCGCUGCUGGUGCUGGUGUUUCCCAUGAUGAUAUCAAGCCUUGCAUACGGGCAUUGCAUGAUUCACUUGGAAAAUACGCUACCGUGCGCACCAUUGUGAGUGGCCUUUAUCGUUUGGUAAACCCCGCGGAGUUGGAGGCAGCCACCAAAAAACUCGACGAGGAGGAGAAAGAUUUGAAGACCAAUGACAGCAAAGAAGACAUUGAAGUGAUUGCCCACGAAUCGGUGCCAGGACAAAACCUGGAUGUCCUGGUGCUCCUUCCAUCUUACAAACCGCCUCUGGCAAAGGUUGAUAGCAGCGUUUCAUCGCCUACGAAACCACAGCCAAAUGGAUCCCAACAGGCGAAGUCUCUGUUACCACUGGAGCUACAGCAAGAGUUGGCCGCCAGAGGUAUUGGCGGAAGCAACACAACAAUCAUCUCUGAAUUGCUCAAGCGUCUAAAGGCUGCCGAAGAACACUUGCGCCAGAAGAAUCCAAGGCCAGAUGACCAGUUGUGA